UUCUAAACCUACCAUCAAUGUUCGACAGAACUCAUAAUUGGCCUGUCCUUCAUGCCCUGUAGCAACAAAACUAAAGGUCAACAGAACAUCGCUAGUGUCAUAAAAGUGGUGUGGCUCCUUUAAGACAUAAUCCAUUAGUCGAUAUUAAUCCAUACUUAUACUUAUACUAUUAGUGUGAGUUCUGGAGCUAUCCAACUUUAUCUAACCUACAUCAUCUCAUUUUAAUUUACCUAUAAUGAAAUAAUAUAUAGCAAUUUAUUUAGCAUGCAUUAAGUGUGUAGGAGUCCAGUCUGAAUGAAUGCUAUAGUCUACCCACUAUUUAAAUCAGAGCCUGUAUAGUCUAUAUCUGCGUCAGUCUUUUUACGUGCUCUUCUUGUAGGACUUUGCAGCAAAAAGAGGAAGACUUUUGCGGAAUUAUAGCAACGUGACAUAAGAGCAUGUCAAGUUCAUGUUGACAUAGCGACACCAGACAUGUAUCGCACCAGAGUGGACAACAUGCUCAAGAAGGGCACAGAUGGCCGCAUGAUCAAGGUGAGUGAGCGUCGUUUCGUUGCCCAUACAACCUGCAGGGAGCAAAUGGACCUGCAAGUGACCAAAAGCUACCUGAUUAUGGGAGCAAAGCAGGACGUUCACAGAGUUAAGGACGGCUAUCAGUUUGUGUUGGGAGAACAAACCUGGAUAGAAUACUGGCCCACAGACACAGAAGGCCAAGAAUCAAAGUUUGGUGAGAGAUAUCAAGGAAUCGAAGACCUCUCCUAUAAACUGGAAUAUGUUGGCUGUAGCCAUUGAAUUCAAAUAUCCACAAAUUGUUUUAAAGCCAUUGCUAUCAAUGUUUUUUGCUGCAGUAUCUUUUAUUUCACCUAUACAAUAGUGAGUGG